UGAAUUUGGAAUUUUUGAAUUUUGAAUUUUGAAUUUUGAAUUUUGAAUUUUGAAUUUUUGAAAUUGGGUGGGAAUUUCCAUCGAUUUUUUUUAGGUAGAAAAUGGUCCCCCCACCUCACCUGGCUCAUUUCUCAUUCUCGAUUUUUUGAGUUUUCUAAGCUCUGAGCGAGUUAUGAGUGAGUUAGCCUAAAUCCCUCAGAGUUCCUUAAAGCUAUUCGAAGUUCUGCAAAUUUCUUCAAAAAUCCUUCAAAGUUCUUUGGAGUUCUUCAACAAAUCUUCCAAGUUCUUAAGGGGUAGUAUUUUGGUAAAUUUGAAAUCUUUUUGGGUCUUUCCUAUAAUUUUCAAAGUUCUUUUGGCUUUUCUGCCAUUUCUGAAGUUCUUCGGGCUUUUCUAUAAUUUCAGGAUCUCAUGGAGAGACCAAGGAAGAGGACCUGCGGAGGUCAUAUGCUCGAGGGCAUGUCUGGACGUGACCCUUCAGUUGAGGGGGGGGGGAGGCUCCUGCCAUCUGGUUCACGGGACAAACACUCAAGGGUACCCAGGAGCAUAUCUGCAAUUCCGCGUGGGGUGCCCCCUAGGGGUGGGCCUCCAGCCUUGGCCACAUAUGGACACCCCAACAUGGUCCGAGAGUGGUAUAAGAUACUCCUCCCAACGGCCAAACGCUUGAUAGAUGAUACUUGCUUGUGCCGCUUGGCUCUUCUGGAGACCAAGAAAUUUGAUCCUGGGUUGAUGAGAGGGCUCAUUGAGCGGUGGUGGCCCAACACACAUUCUUUCCAUCUUCCUGUGGGUGAGAUCACCAUCACUCCGUUCUGUUUCUAUGCCUUGACGGGCAUUCCAUUUGGUAGUAGGCCCUUGAUUUUGCCCGAGACUAUGGAGGCAGAUGAUUUUCUAAGCUUAACCGGGAUCCCUAUUUCUACGGACCAAAAUUCGAUUGCAUUGGGUGAGAUUACGGCUCGUUGGUGGGAACCAUCUUGGGGGGACUGAACCCUAUCAUGAUCAUUCAGGUAGUCCGAUCCUCCUCUUCAGUGACCUCUGAGGUAGGGUGGAUGUUCGUAUGGCGGCCCUCUUUUGAGACCUUAAUGCCAUAGAUACCCAGGACUGGGGUGGGGCAGCCUAUGCAUAUCUAUUGCAGAUGCUCGAUCUCUUAGCCUACGAGGACCGUGGCCUUAAGGGAGCAGGUUACAUUAUUCAGGUAAUCCCCUAUCUUUAUUCUUUUCCUUUCAUCAAGCAUGUGUCUUUAUCAACUUAUCAUCCUGAUCUCCCAAAACAACCCUAGUCUUAAAAAGCACCUGGGACUCAUGCUCCCCUUACUACACGACCCAUUGGCGUCCCCUUUUCUGGUGACCACAAAAUGGGGAGAUAGUCGCACAGGAAGGGUCGAUCUCAUCCUCCAGGUACCACCGCUCGUUCCCUUUUGAAUUAGACAACUGAGGUAAGUCCUACUUGCU